GAGGCAUGAAUGAGUGGAUGACUGGAUGACAUGUGUUGGCCCCUCCUCCCCUCUCCGCCGCUGCUCUGCUGCGCUGCUGAGUUGAAGCGCAACAACCCGGAGAGCGCAGCAGCGACUUCACCGCUGACACUUUGAUGACAGGGUUUGUUGGAGCCGUCGAUGAGCGCGUUUGAAGAGCCUUGCUGCUGAAGACAAGAGGAGAAGAGAGUCGACCUGUGGUUCACCCUCUCCUCUGCCAGGCGGAGCAAAAUGAAAUUCCUGUUGUGUGUGAUAGCAGUCGCCUUGGCGGUGAGCUCUGCGCACGGAGGUACCGAUUUCAACGAGCCGUGUGCAGGCCGGGACUGUGGCGAAGGAUGCAGGUGCAACCCAGAGAAAGGCAGCAGGGGUCGUCCAGGAUCUCUCGGUGAAGUGGGUCAGAGCGGACCGGAGGGGCCACGUGGGGGCCUGGGGGCCGCAGGGCCUAAUGGAGAGAAGGGCCACCUUGGACUGAAAGGACCAUCUGGCCCCAAAGGAGACAAGGGACCUAUGGGAGUGCCCGGGUUCCAAGGAACUGAUGGAGUACCUGGUCACCCUGGUCAGGACGGUGGCCGAGGACCAUCAGGACUGGACGGAUGCAACGGGACCAGAGGAGAACCAGGAGAGCCCGGCUACGGGAUAGGAGGACCUGGGUUACCUGGAUUUGCUGGGCCUUUUGGGCCAAAGGGUCAGAAAGGAGAGCCUCGAUACAUAUCAGAUAACGGCAUCACGAGUUUACCAGGUUUACAAGGACCAGACGGUCAACCUGGUUUCAGAGGUCCUGACGGUCCGUCGGGUUUUCCUGGUCCAAGGGGGCCUGAGGGAUUCUCUGGCCCGCCUGGUCCUCCCGGUCCCCCAGGGCCAAUGGGGAGCCGUAGUGACGGAUAUGAAGGAGAGAAAGGAGAUAAGGGCGACGUGGGUCUUCCCGGACCCAGUGGUACUCCCGGCGAUGGGUCGCUAAGAAGCGAACAAACUCUCACUAUCUACAAAGGAGAUAAGGGCGACGUGGGCUUGCCCGGUGACCCCGGCCAGCCAAUGAUCAAUGGUGUUGUGGAGUUUGUGGGUUUUCCUAAAGGAGACAAAGGAAUGCAGGGUGAACAAGGCCCGAAGGGGAUCCGAGGAUUCACCGGCACUCCUGGCCGACCUGGACCUUUUGGCUUUCGUGGUGAACUUGGAGAGAAGGGCAUUCCUGGAUACCCCGGGGCAAGAGGUCCUCCUGGCUUCAACGGGCCUCCUGGAGCUCUAGGACAACGGGGACUCGGAGGUACUCCAGGUUUCCCCGGGCAACCAGGAUACGUAGGACCCAAGGGAGACCAGGGCGACCCCGGAGCACCAGGACCUUCUAUUUACGUUAAUGAUCUGGGAACUUCUGUUCAAGGACCAACAGGUGACCCGGGUUUCAGUGGCCUGCCCGGUGCCCCCGGUGACCAGGGAUCUCCAGGAUACCCUGGACCACCAGGCCAACCAGGAAUUGGUGGUGGAUUUGGUGGUGGAUUUAAUUCAGGUCGUCUCGGAUCUCCAGGUUUUCCCGGGCCCCCCGGCCCAAAGGGAGAGAAAGGUAACCAAGGCAUACCAGGCUACGGCUCCGAAGGACAGUCCGGCUCCCCUGGAUUCCCUGGACCCCCCGGCCCUACUGGACUUCAAGGCCCCACCACUAGAUCGCCCGUUCCACCCUGUGUCAUCUAUCCUGAUGGGCCCAAAGGUUCUCCCCCCGGAGAGCCUGGGCUGCCCGGCCCCAGAGGAGAGCCGGGUGAACCAGGACACAAUGGCUUCAGAGGUGAUCCUGGCGACUGUAACUGCCUGGGAGGAGGCACCUCGGGGUUGCCUGGGUUAACUGGACCCCCGGGAGUCAACGGCAACCCCGGCUUCGCCGGACGAAAGGGUGAGCCUGGUGACGGCGGUUCACCUGGCUUUAAUGGUGUUCAGGGAGCUCCUGGUCGUUCUGGUUCAAGCGGAGGCUUUGGUCGUAAGGGAGAGAAAGGGACGCCUUACUACCCAAAACCGGGUGUGGGGGUGAAAGGAGAGCUCGGAGCUACUGGACCCAGAGGACCUAAUGGUGAAACUGGAAAUCCAGGCAGAGACGGACAGCCUGGCUACCCUGGAGCCCCCGGACUCCCAGGCGACGCUGGCUUCGGCACAGUCGGAGAGAAAGGUUUCCCAGGAUUCCCAGGGCAAAAGGGUCGUCCUGGCGGCCCUGGCGAGCCCGGUAUCGGCUACGCCGGAACGCCCGGCUUUCGCGGAGAGCCUGGUGAUCCCGGAUUUUCUGGGUUGCCUGGGCAACCAGGUUCACCCGGACAGAGAGGUGAAAACAGCUGUGAAGGGGUUAUUGACGCCGGAGAGGGAACGGGUCAAGUGCUACCUUGCACCAUACCUGGUGAGGGAGGAGACCCCGGUUAUCCCGGUGUACCCGGACGACCAGGUCUCAAAGGGGAGCCAGGUUUCCCAGGAGACCCUGGACGUCCAGGGUUUGACGGUGCCAAAGGAGACAGAGGAGAACCCGGUUUCGGAGGCCAACCCGGACCACAAGGUUUCCCUGGACCCAGAGGGGAUCCUGGACUUCCAGGUCAACGAACACAGGAUUUCGACGGAGGCAGGGGGCAGGAUGGUGUUCCAGGUCGUCCUGGAGCCAAGGGCCAGCCUGGAGAUGUACUGGGAGCCACACCCGGCGGCCCAGGACAGGACGGUCGACCAGGAAUCCCCGGAGACAAGGGCGAGCCCGGGACGCCAGGAGGACCUGGAUCACCUGGUGGUGAUGGACGUUUCGGUGUUCCUGGACUGAAGGGAGAGCGCGGCUUCGACGGUAUUCCCGGUAUUCCCGGCCUUCCCGGACUUCCCAGUGGGCCGACUUUUAGCCUUCCCGGUCCACCUGGAGAUCCUGGCAGCAGCGGACCAAGCGGACAACCAGGCUGCCAAGGUUUCCCUGGGCGGAAGGGAGACAGAGGAGACCCGGGUUUCCCAGGGCCUGCUGGAAUGAAAGGGACCCCAGGACUGCCCGGCAUCUCUGGAUCAUCAGGGCCCAGGGGACCCCCCGGACCCCCGGGACCAGGAACUAGAGAGGGAAUCCCAGGAAUACCAGGAAGGAAGGGUGAAAGCGGUUUUCCUGGACUGAUGGGUUUCCCUGGACUACCAGGUCGUCCUGGAAACCCAGGGUUUAGUGGAGGCAAAGGAGCGCCUGGAGGGCCUGGAAGAGAUGGACUCCCCGGCGGUCCCGGAUACUCCGGACAGAAAGGUGAGAGAGGAUACCCCGGUUCCCCCGGCCUGCCCGGUCCUGUUUACAGGUCAGAGUCUGUGGAGAAAGGAGAACCCGGAGUCAACGCAGGCAGCGGCCUUCCUGGCUUCCCCGGACCCAGAGGUGACAAAGGUCUGCCAGGUCUGCCUGGUCGCCAGGGUCUGCCUGGACUUCCUGGUUACGCUGAGCAGAGUAAAGGACAGCCAGGACAGCCUGGUUUCCCCGGGCAACCAGGCACUCCAGGCUUCCCCGGACCGAAGGGAGAAGCUGGAAUCAUGGGAUUCCCCGGCAUGUCUGGACCAAGGGGUGACGAUGGUGCACCUGGUUUCCCUGGCAACCCUGGAGAAUCUGGUCGGCCCGGUGGAAAAGGUGUACCUGGAGAAAGUUAUGGUUAUCCUGGAGGUCCAGGACCUAAAGGCCAGCCCGGAAAUUCAGGCUUCCCAGGUGGACGUGCCAAUGACGGCGCUCCCGGUGACAACGGCUUUCCAGGAAGUCCAGGUUUCCCUGGAGCGAAGGGAGGUCCUGGUGAAGGAGGACGGCCUGGAAUAAUGGGCUCCCCUGGCUUCCCUGGGCCGAAGGGCCAGCCCGGCUUCCCAGGACGUAGAGGACCUGAUGGGUCUCCCGGUCUGCCUGCUGGUCCUGGAGGUCCUGGAGCCAAAGGUUUAUCCGGAUCCCCUGGUUUGGAUGGACUUAAUGGCCUCGGUGGACCUAAAGGCCUCCCUGGAACCCCAGGUGGGAAUGCAGGAGGUCAGGAAGGUGCUCCUGGUAUUCCAGGGUUGAAGGGAGAGAGAGGCGUCUCCUAUCCAGGAGGUCCAGGCUACCCCGGAGCGAAGGGAGAGAGAGGAGAAUCAGGUGGUCCUGGACGCCAAGGGUUCCCUGGUCUGCCUGGACCUCCUGGUCCGACUAUCGGGUCGGAUAUUCCAGGACCUUCGGGAGACCCCGGCCUCCCUGGACUGGAUGGAGAGUAUGGUUUCCAAGGUCCUCCGGGUCCUCCCGGGCCGCCUGGUCCAGGCACAGCCCAGGGAGACAGAGGAGACUCUGGGCUCCCGGGCUUCCCCGGCUCCCCCGGAAGGAAAGGAGAGUCAGGCAUCCCCGGAGGCCCCGGCCUCCACGGCAGCCCCGGGUUCAAAGGAGGACGAGGUGAGACUGGCUUCAGCGGAGGUCCAGGUCUCAAGGGUUUCCCCGGUGACUCCGGUUACUAUGGAAACAAAGGAGCCAAGGGAUUACCAGGGCGUCCUGGUCGUAAAGGUUUACCUGCAAUCAGGCUGCCUCCGCGACCGGGGCCAAUCCGCUACGGAGAGCCGGGUUUCCCCGGUGUAGGCGGAGGUUCCGGUAUCACCGGAAUGGAUGGUCAGACUGGACUGCCUGGAAGUCAAGGUCCUAAGGGUCGUCCCGGUCCUGUGGGUAAACUUGGCAGGACUGGAUCUCCCGGUUUUCCCGGAUCUGUCGGUGACGCCGGACCCCCCGGUUUCCCUGGAACCCCGGGAGAACAAGGUUCCCCCGGUACGGCCGGCCGUCCCGGCCCUCCUGGCGGCGUCGGCCGCAGUUACAGCAUUGGCUACACUCUGGUGAAGCACAGCCAGAACUCCCAGGUUCCCAUGUGUCCUCAGGGUAUGGCCAAGCUGUGGGACGGAUACAGUCUGCUGUUCGUGGAGGGACAGGAGAAGGCACACAACCAGGACCUCGGUCAGCCAGGGUCGUGCCUCCCCAGGUUCAGCACCAUCCCAUUCCUCUACUGCUCCCCCAACGAGGUCUGUUACUACGCCAGCCGCAACGACAAAUCCUUCUGGCUCUCCACGACCGCACCCAUACCCAUGAUGCCUGUGGCAGAGGAGCAGAUACGGCCUUACAUCAGCAGGUGUUCUGUGUGUGAGGCUCCGUCUCUGGCUGUGGCGGUCCACAGUCAGGACAUGACCAUCCCCACCUGUCCUCCCGGCUGGAGGAGUCUCUGGAUAGGAUACUCCUUCCUCAUGCACACAGCGGCCGGUGCUGAGGGCGGCGGUCAGUCCCUGGUGUCUCCCGGCUCCUGCCUGGAGGAUUUCCGCGCGACUCCGUUCAUCGAGUGCAACGGGGCCAAGGGCUCCUGCCACUACUUCGCCAACGAGUACAGCUUCUGGCUCACCACGGUGGAGCCCAGCCAGGAGUUUGUCUACUCGCCAGCACAGGAGACCCUGAAGGGAGGCCAGGAGCGCUCCAGAGUCAGCCGCUGCCAAGUCUGCAGCAAGCUCUUGUAGUAGGAGGAGGAGCGGCGGGAUGGAGGUGAUAUACUAACACCUCAAGGGAAAAAAGAGAGAUGAUUUAUAAAGAAAUCUAUAAAAGAACAUGUGACUGACUGAAAAUGAGCCCCUCUCCUGCUUCUCUGAUGGUUUCAGAAUCGAGUCGAACAACAUCGACUCAGUUUUUAGAGUUUUUGAUCCCUUUUAGGAAUGAAUGGCUUAUUAUUAUAAAAAAUAAAAAAAUGUUGGAGGGAGGAAAUGGAAAGAGAAGAGCUCCUGUGCUCUUCUCUAGAUUAUCACUGACAA